AUUUUUUAUUUUACAAUAAUAAUAAUAAAAACCCAUUUAUUGUUUGUUGGUUUUUCUUUUUCUUAAAUCUGUAGUACCUCAGCCUCCGACCUCUUUAAGACCCGAAGCUUCUAUUUAUUUGUUGGCUGCGUUGUCCCCUGUGUCUCGGAGACAGCUGGUGGUUGCCGCAGGGAGUGGGAGUUCUCUUUCUCAAACUAAAAUUCUUUUUCUUCUGCUUUACAACAACCAACAGGCUUCUUCUGCUUCUUUAUUUAUUUAUUUUAGUGCUUACCGUUAUCAUGGCCCGUGAUGCUGAUGCUUCUACUGCCCUUGCAGUGAGGCAGAAAGUUCAACAAUUUCUAAAUGCCGCUUGCACAGGAAAUCUUAACCUCUUAAAGAAGUUGGCGGGGCAGCUUGAUGAAGGGAAGGGAUUGGCCAAAACAAUAGCUGAUAUCAAGGAUGCUAACAAACGUGGGGCUCUUCAUUUUGCUGCAAGAGAGGGCAAGACUGAGGUGUGCAAGUACUUAUUGGAGGAAUUGAAACUCGACGUUGAUACAAAAGACGAAGAUGGUGAGACUCCUGUUCUUCAUGCUGCUCGACAAGGACAUACUGGGACUGCAAAAUUCCUUGUCGAGCAUGGUGCUGAUCCUAAUAUACCCAGUGAGUUAGGGGCCACAGCACUACACCAUGCUGCAGGGAUAGGGGAUAUUGAGCUGCUGAGAUAUUUAAUAUCCAAAGGUGUUGAUGUUGAUUCACAAAGUGAUGCUGGUACUCCUCUAAUUUGGGCAGCUGGUCAUGUCCAACAAGAUUCUGUUAAAGUUCUGUUAGAACACCACGCUAAUCCUAAUGCUGAAACUGACGAUGGUAUCACUCCUCUGUUGUCAUCUGUGGCGGCUGGUUCACUGGCAUGCCUAGAGUUAUUGAUUCAGGCAGGUGCUAAAGUGAAUGUUAAUGCUGGUGGAGCAACCCCUUUGCACAUAGCUGCUGACAGUGGCAGUGUAGAAAUCAUAAACUGUUUGUUAAAUGUUGGAGCUGAUCCAAACGUUACUGACGAGGAUGGCAUGAAGCCUAUACUUGUUGCAGCUGCAAGAGGCAAUCGUGGUGCUGUUGAGAUUCUGCUUCCGCUGACAUCAAAGGAUGAAAGCAUACCGAAAUGGACAGUUGAUGGCAUCAUCGAGUAUAUGCAGUCUGAAGCAAGCAAACAACAGGAAGGCAUGAGAAAUCUGAAGGAAGGUAAUGCAUCAAAGGACUGUACAGUACCAAAGCAAGAUCUCCCUGAGGUAACACCUGAAGCAAAGAAGAAAGCUGCAGAAGCAAAAUCAAGAGGAGAUGAUGCUUUCAAGCAAAAGGAUUAUCAUAUGGCUAUCAAUGCUUAUACACAGGCAAUUGAUUUUGACCCCACUGAUGCUACAUUGCUUUCCAACCGGAGCCUUUGCUGGAUCCGUCUUGGUCAAGCUGAGCAUGCCUUAGCUGAUGCGAAGGCCUGCAGAGCAUUAAGACCAGACUGGGCAAAAGCUUGCUAUCGCGAAGGUGCAGCAUUGCGUUUACUGCAGAAGUUUGAUGAAGCCGCCAACUCCUUUUAUGAGGGCGUGAAGCUCAGCCCUGAAAAUAAGGAGCUAGUAGAUGCUUUCAGGGAAGCUGUUGAAGCUGGUAGAAAAUUCCAUGGUACUGAUAAGGAAAAAUCAAAGUCUGCAUCCUGAUGGCGACCGUGUUAAGACUAAGGCGGCUUUGUCUUUUUGGGUGUUACAUUACGAAACAAUAGGACGGUGGGGAGUGAAUGAAGUUAAGUCUUGAAGCUUAAACUAAGAGAAUUGGGGUGACGUUGUUCGAUGUUGUCACUAACAAUUUUGUCAGAUAUUUGCCAAGAGUUAUUCAUAUGUUUUGUGUUUGUUUGUCUUUUACCCUUGCUAUGUUCUUUCUUUGGUGGGAAAAUCCAUGCGCAAAACGUAACAGCAAAAAUGCAUUAACUGGCAAUUGCAAUUAUAGUAGAUUAAUAGAAAAGUUGUUUUUAUGUAUU